AUGGCUACCGUUCGAAUCUGUGUAUGCGGUGACGAAGGCACCGGAAAGUCCAGCUUGAUCACCUCGCUGGUGAAAGGUGUCUUCGUCACGAACAAGAUCCAGCCGGUCCUUCCACAAAUAACGAUUCCUCCUACGAUUGGAACGCCCGAAAAUGUUACCACAACUACGGUCGUUGACACCUCUGCCGUUCCCCAGGAGCGCGCCAACCUGGCUCGCGAGAUCCGGAAAUCUAACGUCAUCCUUCUUGUAUACUCCGACCACUACAGCUAUGAACGUGUCGCGUUAUUCUGGCUACCGCAUUUCCGAUCGCUUGGGGUAAACGUCCCAGUUGUCUUGUGCGCGAACAAGUCGGACCUGGCUUCAGACCGCAGCGAGGCCCAAGUGAUUGAAGAGGAAAUGCUUCCGCUGAUGGCAGAGUUCAAGGAAAUCGAUUCGUGUAUUCGGACAAGUGCUAGGGAGCAUCGGAACGUCAACGAGGCCUUCUUCGUCUGCCAGAAGGCUGUGACCCAUCCCAUCGCGCCUUUGUUCGAUUCAAAAGAAGCUACCCUCAAACCAGCUGCGGUGGCGGCCUUACAACGUAUCUUCUACCUGAGUGAUCAAGACCGAGAUGGAUACCUGUCAGACAAGGAGAUCAAUGACUUCCAGAACCGAUGCUUCGGCAAAUCAUUGAGUGAAGUAGAUCUGGAACACAUCAAGGAAACCAUCCAGAAGACAUACCCGGAAUCGGUGACUGAAUCAGGCAUUGACUGCCGGGGAUUCAUUCAUUUGAAUAAACUCUACGCAGAGAAGGGCCGUCAUGAGACUGUAUGGAUCAUCUUGCGGGCGUUUCAAUACACGGACAAUCUCUCAUUGCAGGAGAGCUUCCUGCAUCCUCGAUUUGAAGUCCCGCCGUUCGCCUCCGCCGAGCUUUCCCCUGAGGGUUAUCGGUUCUUUGUGAACCUGUUCCUUCUCUCAGACAAAGAUAACGACGGCGGACUGAAUGAUGCCGAGCUCGCAUCGUUGUUUGCGCCCACCCCAGGCUUGCCUGCAUCCUGGGCUGAUGGUUCAUUCCCGUCAUCGACCGUUCGAAAUGAAGCUGGCCAUGUUACGCUCCAGGGAUGGUUAGCACAAUGGAGUAUGACAACCUUUAUGUCGCCGAAGACAACUCUAGAGUAUCUAGCAUAUCUAGGGUUCCAGUCUUCGGACCGGAGCAAUCAGUCUACCACGGCCGCCUUGAAGAUAACAAGACCGCGCAGGAAACGGCGUCGCCCUGGCCGAGUUGGUCGAAAUGUAGUCCAGUGUCACGUUCUUGGAGCACCGGGUUCAGGCAAGUCAGCCCUGCUCGAUGCUUUUCUCUCCCGAGGCUUCAGCACGACUUAUCACCCAACAAUCCAGCCCCGCACUGCUGUGAACACGGUGGAACUGCCGGGCGGGAAACAGUGCUAUCUGAUCAUGGACGAACUCGGUGAACUGGAGCCUGCAAUCCUGGAAAAUCAAGCCAAACUCCUCGACCAAUGCGAUGUGAUUGCUUACACCUACGAUUCCUCGGACCCGGAUUCGUUUGCUUACAUUCUCGCCCUACGGGCCAAAUAUCCUCACUUGGAGGAACUCCCUAGCGUGUUUAUCGCUCUCAAAGCGGACCUGGACCGGACUACGCAGCGGGCGGAGUACCAGCCGCACGAGUAUACUGCCAUGCUGAACAUGCCGAGUCCCCCACUCCAUGCCAGUGUCACCUGGAACUCCAUUCAGGAAGUAUUCGUGCAUAUCGCGGAGGCUGCCAUGGAGCCAAGUAGCGUGUUUCCACGUAGUGAGGAAGAGGAUGAAGGCAAAUGGAUGUCGUGGGGCAUCGCGCUUGGCGCUGUAGUUUGUGCUGGAGCGGCGGCGGUGAUGAUCUGGCGCCGAGUGAGUGGGAGUGGAAAUUGA